UGUCAUACUAAAUCCGCGGUCUGAUUGCAACUUGUUAGAAUUUCUAGCGCAUUCUUUUUAGUUCAGCAACGACCGCUAGAGGGCAGUAGUCGUAUCCAUAGCGCUUUCUGAUUGGUUCUCCUGGAUCCUGACCAAGGCUUAUAUAGAGAGACGCUGGACCCUAUCAUAUCAUUUCCGCCUGUGUUGCAUGUUUCGUUCCUGCUUUCGCUCUUCCUGUUUGAAUCAAGACGUGUUAUUCGAGAUGGAUUUGGAACAACAGUUUGAGAACGAGCCUCUCAACAUGGAUGUGCCGAAGAUUUCAGAUUCUGAACAAUACCAUGAAAAGCCCAAAGAAACACCCAUCUCGCAGAACGCUAAUGGCAAACGAAAAAUAGACGAAGAAAAUACAUAUAAGAAGAAACGCAACGGACGCUUUACUGAAGGCACAAUCCCAGAGGAGCUGACACAUAUUGGCAACAAUGUCUUUGUGGGACCUACCCUUUUCAACGGAAAGAUCACCGUGCACAUCAGGCAAUACAGCAAGUACGGGAGUUCAUAUUAUCCACUCGUAACGGUGUGA